AUGCAGCCGUUCAUUGCUGCAAUGUCCAAGGUACGGCAGGCCUUCUUUGCUGCUAUCAUCCGGAGCUUGCUGAGGACCAAGUCCCUCCUGCAAACCAUUCUGAACAUCUGGAUAUCGCCGUCGAUUAUAAAGGGUGAAAAUGUUGAAGCUAGUACAAAUGGCGGGGCUACGACCUCCUUAAGAAAUGGGAGAAAAACUGGAAGAGACGAUUUUUUGGAGAUGGUAGAGCAGGCGUUCAGACCAGCGAGUAGCAGAAAGAGAUUAGGAGAAUUGUCAGAGGGGCUGAGGAAGCAGUUUCUGGAGAGCAUGGAGGAUAACCCGCUGUGUAUGCUCCCGUCGUACAACCACCAACUUCCGAGCGGAGACGAGCGCGGUACCUUUCUCGCCCUGGAUGUAGGCGGCUCCACGUUCAGGGUUGCGUUGAUUGAACUUUCGGGGAGGGAUGCGGGAGCAGGACAGGAAGGUCGGAUCCUGAAGGGGGCGACCUUCAAGAUCAAUCAUGGCGUCAAGCAACUGAAAGGAGUUUUGUUUUUCGACUGGAUGGCGGAGAGGAUUGAGGAGACGCUGUCGGGACACACUGGAGGGCAUGAUAUGAGUGAUGCGCCUCUGUCCAUGGGAUUAGCAUGGUCAUUUCCCAUCGAACAAACAUCCCUCCGCAGCGGCCUUCUCCAAGGAAUGGGCAAAUUUUUCCUCGCCGCUGACGGCCUACUCGGCCAUGAUCUAGGCGACCUGAUCCAAGCCUCCUGCUCCCAUCGCGGCCUGAACGUCCACCUAAACGCCAUCGUCAACGACUCCUCCGCCACGCUCCUCUCAAAGGCGUACUCCGACCCCACGACCCGCUUCGCGCUCAUCCUCGGCACCGGCGUCAACGCCGCCAUCCAUCUCCCCGUGCACACCUUUGCGCCACCAAAAUUCGGGACGAGGCCAGAGGAGUGGCAUAGGUGCGCUGAACAUGUUAUUGUUAACACCGAGCUGUCGAUGUUUGGGGCGGGGAUCUUACCUUCAACCAUCUGGGACAAUGAGCUCCGAUCUGUUCACCCGAACCCGACAUUCCAGCCGCUGGAGCAUUUCGUCAGCGGUGGGUAUCUGGGUGAGAUUGUCAGGUUGGUGUUGGUUGACGGGAUUCACACCGCAGGAUUGUUCGGUGGUGUGGUGCCUCCCACCCUAAGAGAGAGCUACUCCUUGGAAACCGAGACCAUCAGCUAUAUGGAGAGUGACCGCAGCGAGAACCUCUCGAAAGCAACAGCCAUCUUCACUUCCCGCCACCCCCGUCCCUCCUCCUCUCCACCCAGUCUCUCAGACAUCCAAGCCGUCCGCACCAUAGCCUCCCUCGUCUCCACCCGCGCUUCAGCGCUCGUCGCCACGGGCGUGCAUGCUCUAUGGUGCCUUCGCAAUGAAUCGGAGUCUAUCGCCGCGCACCAGACGGAGCACACGCUUGUUGCGUAUAACGGUUCUGUGCUAGAGAACUAUCCGAACUUUAAGAGCAACUGUCAAGGUUUCUUGGAUCAGUUGGUUGAGGGGAGUGGGGGGAGGAGAGGGGUUGUGGAACUCAUAUAUGCGGAGGAGAGUUCGCUGCUCGGUGCUGCGGUGGCUGGGGCCGUGGCGGCGCUGGAUGUUGAUGAUGUGGUGACGGGGAGGUUGGAGGGGGUUGCAUGGUAG